AUGCCUUCUGCUGUACCUUCUUUUGCGUCGUUCCCAAGUCUCACCGAUACGAUACCUUCCAAGCCACGUAAACGAAUACUGGACGAAAACUGCAGUCCAACAGCAGCAUGGACGGAUAAGCGAGUGAAAUCAAAACAUGGUGGCAUGGCUACGACUACAGGGGCACUUUCACCUGUAAGCGCACGUGUUUGCGCGACUGCUACCGACAAGGAUAUAGUAGCUCGGUUAACAACGAGUGAUGAGUUCGACCUAUCACAUGAUGUUGAGGUUGUACUUGGACAUCCUACGACUGUCGGACGUGGGACUCAUUGCAACUAUACAAUCAAGAGUCCCGUGGUUUCUUCCGUCCAUUUUCGACUUUACGCGGUUGCAUCAAGCGAAGGAGGUACGAUCGUCAGUUGCGAGGAUCUCUCUUCCAACGGCUUGCUUUGGAAUAAUCACAAAAUUCGUCGCACGGCGAUUAUUCUCCAUCAUGGUGAUAUCCUACAGAUCCCGGGGUCCCAGGUAUUCCAUGUAGAGAUGGAUAAGCACGCCGGAGGCAAGGCGAUGCCGUUCGAUCCGACUCCACCGCAACGGCCAAGAGAAAGGGUGGUGGGGAACUAUGUCAUUACCUCGCACAUGCUGGGUAGUGGCCACUUUGCAAAAGUCCACUUGGGUUUCGAUUCGGUCAAGCAACGGCAAGUCGCGUGCAAGACCAUCAAAACGAGCAGAGUUGCCGAGGUUUUGAAAGAGGUGAAGAUCCUUUCUAGUUUGAACCACCCUAAUAUCAACCGCGUGUUGGGGUACACAGACGAGGAUCCUUGGACACACAUCUUCCUUGAAUUGUCGACUGGCGGGGAUUUAUUCACUUAUAUCACCUCACAAGGGAUGCUUCAAGAAGGCGAAGCCAAAUUCUUAGGGUACCAACUCAUGCUGGGGCUCGUUUACAUGCAUAACCUCAAUGUAUCCCACCGUGCCCGAGAAUAUCUUGAUAUGCGCGCCCGAGCAUAUCCUAGAGUGCAAAUCGCCGACUUUGGACUAGCUCGGGAUCGCUCGAACGAGCCAGCAUUCAGUGCGGUCGGAACGAUGGCAUAUCUCCCCCCUGAAGCGGUUGUCGGGCUCAUAGGUCGACCAUGUCCAUCUGGCCGGAACGGCGAAAGACGUGGGUAUGACGGGAAGAAAGUCGAUUGCUGGAGUUUGGGCGUUACGCUUUACACAAUGUUGUGUGGGAUGCAUCCAUUCGAUUGCGGUGGCCAGUCUCAGCAAACUGCUCGACAGAAUGCAUCACAGCCCAGCCAAGCGAAACUGAGCGAGAGCCAGCAAUCGGAGGCUGACGCCGUUGUGGUAUGCGACCGCAUCCUGAACGGCUGGGUUGAUAUGUGUUUCCCACCGUGGCAAUCGAUGCCCGACGCCAGAAGUAUCGUGCGCAAACUGUUGGUCUACGAACCUGACCUGAGGUGUAGCGUGGCCAGUGCUGUGCAGCACCUUUGGAUCCAGAAGGACAUCACACAACUUGACAAAUUGUAUCGGGAUUUAACCAAGUAG